AUGAGCUUAUAGAAAUGUAAUAAACACGAUUAGUUUCCCAUCUUCUACAAUUCAUCAUAAAUACACUCAACGUUUAAAAAUUUAUGCUUCUUUUGUAUUGCAGAAUUUAAGAAUGAGGACGUAUGAAUCAAAAUUUGAUAUUAUAGUUUAAGAGAUAAUAAAACAUCCUAAUUUAUGAGAAUAAAGAAAUAUGUAAUAACAAUAUUUCAUUGCUCCUAAAAAUAAAGGGAAAUUUGAACUAAUAUAAAUAUUAUAUAAAUGUAGCAUUAGAAUCAUUGAUCAAAAGUACUGAUUCCUAAAUUAAUCUAAUAAAAAAGUCAACUCAGAAAUGUUAAUCAUUAAUUAGCUAAAUCCCAAUAAUUGAUGCCAAUUAAUUUAUUAAUGGUUAUCAAUAAAUUCAGACAUAAUUACCUAAUUAUUUAAAUAUUAAAGACAUUCUAUUAAGCGAAAUAAAUUCAUUUGACAAAUCGAAUUUCAUUCAUGAAAUAGAAGAAACAUUAAUGCGUUUUGAUGAAGAUAACUUAAAUCAUUCAAUAUAUAUUAAAACAUAAAAAUUGGAUUGUGAAAAUUCCCAUUAAAGUGGGGUUAAGACAAAUUUUAGAUAUGAAUUGUCUUAGAAACUUUCAAUUAAGCAGGAAGAAAUUUGUAAAGCAAUUGCUAUCAAUAAGGAUUCAUAAUUCGUUGCUGUAGGAUGUAAAGAAAAAAUAAAGAUGUUCUUAUUAAAGGAUGAGAACCUUGAUGAAAUCCAGAUAUUAAGCGAACAUUAAAAAAAUGUAAAUUGCUUGUUGUUUAUGGGGCAAUUUAAUUCCUUUGUGUCCUGUAGUGAUGAUAACACAAUUAGAAUUUGGACAUAACAAUAAAAUAAUUUAUGGAUAUCUUAAUAAACUCUAGAUCAACAUACUGAUUAGGUGUAUUGUAUAAUUGUUAAUAAUAAAGAGGAUUUAAUUAUUUCUGGAAGUAAAGAUAAAUCAAUAAUCUUUUGGGGGAAAUAAAAUUAAUGGUUAUAAUUAUAAACAAUAUAUACCCAUAAAGAUUGCUAACAUAGUUUAUGUUUAAAUGAAUAAUAAAAUACAUUAAUUUCAUGUGGAAGGGAUAAUACACUAUUAGUGAUUAAACAAGAAAAUAUGAUUUGGUCUGUUACUUAAACAAUCGAAGUUUAAUCAUUUGGAAAUAGUUUAUGUUAUAUUAGUAACAGUGCUUUUUCUUUUUAAUCUAAUAAUUGUAAUAAACUACAGAUCUAUUCAUUGAAAGAUAAUUUAUAUUAUAAAGCUAAAGAAAUUUUAACUAUGGAUGGAAAUGAGUUUGAUUUAUUUUUCCCUUAAAAUUUUAUCAAACAGAAGUCACUCUUGGUUUAUAAAAAUGGAUCAAAUGUCAAUUUCCUCUAAUUAAAUUAGAAUUUAGAAUUUAUUCUCGUUUACUCAAUCUAGUUUAAUAAUUCUUAAGUUUUUGGAACGGUAAGUGUAGAUGGUUAAUAUUUACUUACAUGGGAUAGUGAAGGAAAAGAAAUAUAAAUAAGAAAAUACAUUAAUUGA